AUGGUUAUUAACGAUGAGAUUCCUAUAAUAGUGAACAUAAGUGAAGUUUUUGAUAAAAAUAUUGUUAUUGAAGGUGCAAAAGUGAUCAAAUUUGAGGAUUCAACAAUUAGUGGAUUACUAGAUUUUAUACACAAUUCUUUUGUGAUUCUCGAUGAAAAUACAUCAGUGGUGACUAGUGCUGAUCAAAAGAAUCUUCUGUAUAGAAGACUUAAUUGGUUGUUUAAUAAAAUUCUUGUUAUUACAAUUCAUGAUGAAAAUGCUCGUCACUCGAUUAAAAUUCGCCUUUUGCUCGAAAAAAUGCUGCAAAGAACUCUCAAUUCAUUCAUGUAUUGGUUUAAAUGCUUCCUGGAUCUUCAACUUGACUUACUGAAUACUACAGUCACUCAUGAUUUGUCAAAAGAACCAAUUGAAAUCGAAAUACCUGGACAUGACACCGAUGGCACCUUGAACUUUUCAAAGAUUGUCAUCGAAACGGAAUCACAAAUUAAUAAUUUCAUAUCAUUUCUAUUCCUGUCAUUAACAAGAUGUAUUGAGCUGUUUCCAGCAUCAAUUAAAGUACAGAAGGAUGUCUCUAUUGAGGAUUUACUAACAAAAGUAUUUAUUUAUCGUCGCACCGAAUGUAAAACUGCAGUUUUGCUCUUUUGUUCACAUUAUUACGUUAAUAUCCAUUCUAUUGAAUUCAUCGAUGUCAGUAUUAAGGUUUUUAGUUACAUGUCAACGAUUUAUGAGAACUUAGAUGAAUAUGUGGAAUCAGGAAUGAUUUAUCCAGACUAUUUCAUUGAUAUAUUCCUUAAAGGUUUCUUUGAAUAUCUCGGAAUGUUCCUUAAUCAUUUCAAGUUACCAGUAAAUGUGCUGGAUGCUGCAACUAGUGACAUGUUAAUUGCAGCAGUAAUGAGAUUAAUCUUCUUUGAAUCAAAAUGGAUCCAGAAAUACUCUGUUCCACCAUUAACACAUUGGCUUGUUGAUCUUUUGGAUGCAAUAUUUUUGGCAAUCAAUUUUGAUGACAGUGUUGUUAAGUAUAUAGACAUAAUUAAGCCAUUGAGUUCAAAGAAUAGCAACAUGUUGCUUAUAUUAAAGUAUAAAAUAAUAUUGGAACUAGAAAGUGCUGAAAACUUUGAUCAAAAAGUCCGUCACAUGAGCAAAACGUGGUCAGAAAUACAAACAGAUUUAGCACUCAAAACAAAUUUCCUGCUUAACAACAAUCAGCAACUUACGAACGAACAAUUUAUGGAUCAACUUCAAUGGAUUAAGGAUGCAAUUCAAAUAACAUUCGACAUUGAUUAUCAUUUUACAAGGAGACAUCAAAUAAGCCAUUGUAUGAAGUAUGUCUGUGAAUAUGGCAGCUGUAAAAGAUUCGAAAAUACUAAUAAAUUAUUCACAUUUAACGACUGGGACUAUGAUCAUAUCCAUCUUGAUUUCUUUGAUGAUCUUCCAUCAAUUACACACAAAUUAACGCUAACAGUCUCAAAGAGAAGUGAAUUUACAACGGAUAUCCUGUCAAUAUUAAUUAGACUAUACUCGUUAAUCUUACAAAUUCCAUCAACGACUUUAAUUAAGGAAGAUAAAAGGCUUAUGAUGUUAGCAACAGUCAUUUCUCCAUUCACAGUUUCAUUUGACAAUUUUAGCAAGUCAGCAGAAUACAUAAAGAUUCAGUCAUUUCUCAAUUUAAAGCUUAAACAAUUAGUUCAAGAAACUCCAAAUGGUUCAGUACUAGAUGAGCUCAAAAUCCUUGCCAUAACUGCAGUCACACAAAUGAAAUUCAACAAAUUAGGCAAAUCUUUUGAAUGGCUCAACUUAAAUCUCAUGCAACUGAUUUUUAAGAAGGAAGAUAAAUUCAUUAAAAAAGCUUAUGCCAACAGAUUCAUUAAUUUAUUAAUGACCAAUUUUGAAACAAUGUCUACAUAUUUGCUGCAUUACCAAAACAUCCGGUUAAACAACACAAAACUCGAAUUAGAGGAACUAAGAAAUAUCCUGUGUCUUCAUGAUAAGAAUGUCGUGAUUAUGAAAACAAUAUCAAAUAACUUCUUUGUUUUCUGCAGCAGUUGUAAGCCAGAGAUUCCAAUAGAUCAUGAAAAUAGUAAAGAAAUUCGAUUAAGAUCACUUAUAAAUGAUAAGAAGGCAUGCAUCGUUUCUGCAGACUUUAUUGACAAAAAGGAAGUGAAAAUUCAAAUUCAACCGAAUUUAUUCAACGAUCAGGAAACAUUGUUUUACGUAGAAUUCAUCAAAAACAUUCCAGCAUGCAUCAAACAUUCCAAAAACUUUAUGGACUUUUGUCAAAGUGAUCGAUUCUUCGAUAUAAUAUUCAGGCAUGACGAAAACGUUUUUGCACAGACUGAUUAUCACUUUGAGUUUAUUAUGAAGAACAUACAGGAAUCAGGAUUAGCUGAAGAAGUCAAAACUGCAUUUUUUGAGAAACUACUUGACAAACUAUUCGAGUUGACUACAAUUUACUGCCAAAAAUCGGAUGUCAUGAAAUGUCAAUAUCAUGUUGUGAAUAUGAUAGGAACUUACGGAAUGACUGUGAGGAACAAUGUGGCAACUUAUGGAAACAAAUUUAUCCCUGAUGUCGAACGAAUAAGUCUUAAAUGCAUAAAAAUGUUUAUUUAUUUCGUGGUGCUUAAAAAGUCAGAUGUAAGAGGUGUUGCUGUAAAUUCAAUGUUCAGAAUGCUAGAAUAUAAUGGAUUGGUUCUGGAUAAAUUUAUCAAUUGGUACAAAACGAGCAUAAUUGAGCAUAUUACUAAAUUGUGCUUAUUAAAUAGCUUAGAAGACUCAAAUCUAUCAACGUUCUUGAAUUCUUUGAUUAAUACUUUGAAGCACUUUAACUAUACGGAUAUAAUAAAAUUCAUCAGGACAAACAUCAGCAUAAUUAUCACUUCCAUUUUUGUCUUCUGUGUUCACAGCAACAAAAUGCAUUACAUAUAUGCUAUUAUUGAUCACAGUGGAUAUGAUAUAAGAAAAGCACUCGAAAUUUCAAGCUUGACACUUUAUGAAAGAAUCUACAAUUUAGAUAAGCAGAGGAAAGAUAAUUGCAUUAAUUAUAUCGAAAAGGAGAUGCGAAUAAUGUUCAAGGAACUAUUUCAUGUCAAUAAGAGAGAAAUUUUGCAAUUUGUAUUGAUAAAGUACAAUGCAAAUCCAUUGUUUGUGAUGGAUGUGAUCAAACAAUUGGGUGAUGAGAAUGUAAAUCUUACGGAUGACGAUAAUAUUGCAAAUUACAUUGCCAAGGAUUUUUUGGGUCCACUGAAUAAUUUCGAAACAAUUUUAAACUCUAAAGAUUCCGAAAAGACAUUGAAGAAGGCAGUUUUGAUGAGUCUUGGUGAUUUAAUAAGGUUCCUUGGUGGUCGAAGAAUAUCCAAUUUAUGCUUCAAAAUCAUGAGUCUGUUGAGAACAACAAAUACAGCAAAUAAAGAGUUGAAGGAAGUGAGCAUUGCUGUUUGGAAGAUUUUAAUUUUUAACUGUGACAUCUCAACACUCGGACCAUUCCUAAGUCAAAUAUUAGUGGCACUAGAAAGUUACAUUGACGGUUUUCAGACAGAAGUCGAUGAAAUUUGCAUUUACUUGAUCUUUGAGAAUUCAAACCUUUUAAGUAUGCACGUGUCUGACUUGUUCUUCAUUGAAAAAACAAGUUUUGAUAUUGCAAUUAAAAAUGCCAUUUUAAAUCAAAUUGAAAGUCAACGAGUUGCUGACGGAAAUGAUUUUGACAUCAAUUUAAAUCUAAUGAUCAGGCACUUGAAGAAUGAACAUGCAGACUCGAAUGUAAAGAUCUAUUGUCUUCAAUAUUUGGAGGAAUUCAUUAAACGGAACCGAAAGAAGUUUAAUAAUUUAAUUUUUCGAAACGGAGAGAUGGAUAUGUCCGUUAAAUAUUUGCUGGAUGUUCUUAUUUCAUGUAGCAAGAGUUUUCAUAACAGAAAACUUCAAAUCCAAACAGCAAAAUGUUUUGGUGAAUUAGGAGCUUUAAAACCGGCACUGAAUAAGCAACAAUAUUUGAGUAAGAAAAUUCCAUUAGAUCAAAUGACAAUUCAUUCAGAUGGCUUUGCUUUAAAGCUACUUAAAGUGUAUUGUACUUAUUAUAAAGACAUGAAAGAAACUCGUCAUAUGGAAUCAAUGGCAUUAGCAAUUCAAGGUAUUUUAAAGGAACGAGGAGUUAAUGAGAAGCACAUCAUAUGGAAAUCACUUCCAGCAUUCACGAGAGAACUCUUUCGGCCAUUAUUUACAUCAACUUAUGUCCCAAGAGAAACACAAGCAUCAAAACAAUAUGAAACAAUAUUUUGGAAUCAAGCACAAACACCUACAAAUUGGGCAUUUAUGCUUGCUGGAUUAUUAAUACAUAGUAUUGAUGUUGAAGAGACACGUGCCUUGCUACUUAAUUUACUUCCAUCAAUGCGUGAAAAUCAAGAAAUUUGUAAUAUUUUAUUGCCUCGAAUAAUUUUGCAUUAUUUACAAUUAAAUCUAUCAAAAGACCAUGACGAAGCUAUUUUCAAUGAAUUUGACUUUAUAUUCAGAAUGGUCUUGGAUAAUUCAAUAUGUCAGGAUGCCAGUAAAGAUGAAUUGAACUACAAGUUUGUUGCUUCGUAUGAUUUUACGCCAAUUGAUAGGAAAACAAGCGAGGAGAAUCCAAAUAAAGUCUCGUCUGUGUCAAUUAAGACGACUAAAAUGAUAUUUGAAGUUUGGGACUUCCUUACAAGAUAUCUACAAAUCACAGACAAUCCUGAUGUAAUCGACCGAAUAACACAUCUCUUUAGUCGAUUUGAAAACAGAAAGCUUGCGGAAGUGAACUAUAAAUGUGGGGAAUAUGAACGAGCUAUGAUUCUUUUUGAAUCCUAUAUCAAAACCUUGAAUGAAGAUCAACUUGAGAAUGAAUUGCCAUUUUUAGUAAACAUUUAUGCUAAAUUAAAAGAUCCAGAUUUAAUUGAAGGAGUUAAGGCACUGCGAAUAACUGAAUGGUCAUUUUCAGACAAGAUUUUAAUCAGCGAAAUCACUGGAAACUUGGAAGGAACAUUUUCGUUCAUAGAGAUGAUGAUGAAGGAAUCAAGUUUUUCACAGGAAGAGAUCCAGACAAUAAUCAAUUGCUAUAUUAAAUCAAAUCAAAAUUCUACAGCAAUUCUUGUAGCUGAUCAAUUAUUGGAAAGGCUUUACGAAACAAAUAAAGAGCAUCAGUAUUGUGAUGAGAUUAAAGCUGAAUCACUUUGGAGAUUAUCGAGAUUUGAUGAUUUUGAUGACCUGCUGAAUAGUGGUAAAGUUAGUGAUUGGACAAAUUGGAAUGUUGUUUGCGGAUCGUUAAUAACGAAAUUUCGUCAAGAAGAUAUUAAUCAAUUUUGGAAUGAACUUGAAAAUGCUCGGAUGAGAGUCAUGACAAAUUUUAAGAUUUCUGAUUCACAGGAAGCAGUCUAUCAGGAUAAUUAUAGUGAGAUCUUUCAUCUGCACAUUCUUUCUGAAUUUGAAAAAUUCCAGAUUUCAUUUGAGGACAUAAAAGCUAAUAAAGAUUUUGCAAAUACAAUGAAGGUGCUAAAGAAUCUUAUUAAGGAACUCGAUUCGAGAAAAAUGGUUCUACAAACAUCAACUCCAAUUAUUGACACUUCAUUGUCCAUAAGACGUGUCAUGCUGCUUCAAAUGGAAAAGAAGCUUGUCAAAUAUUUCACAGGAACUGAGUCUGUUCAAGUAAGGAAAUUUAUUGAGGAAGAAGUCGGCAAGACGUGGAUCGAAAGUGUCAAAAUAACAUGUAAACAGAAAAUGUUUGCACAAGCUCAUGCCUUUAUUAUGGAAGCUGAUGUUUAUAAGCCUCAGGAAUUGUUUAUUGAAAAAGCUAAAUAUUAUUGGAUGCGAGAUGAAAAGGCAAGUGCAUUGAGAAUCUUACAACUAAAUUGCACGGAGAUAGAAGAGUAUUGUAAGAACAACAAUAGGUCACCUGAUUAUAAUGAGAAGCAGUCGUUACUGUCACGUGGUCGAUUGACGAUUGCUAGAUUUAAUGCUGAAGUUAAAAAUGUUGAUUUUGAUAUGAAUAAGAAGCUGUAUAAGGAUGCACUGUUGGAAGAUUCAUUUGAUGUCCAAUUCACACAUAAUGAAGAAAUUUAUGUCCUACUUGCUGACUAUAUGGAUCGUCACUAUUUUUCAAAAUGCAAAAACUCAAAUGAACUUCCAGCCUAUGAUAAAUUAUUGGAAAUAAUGGAAGCGUAUGGGAGUAGCAUGAAAUAUGGAAUUAAUUAUGUUUUACAGUCAAUGCCAAGAUUCCUUCAAAUUUGGUUUGAUGCAAUGACGUCAUUAGAACGAAAAUCAACAAACAGCAAGAUCAAGUCACGAGACGAUGAAGAAAUGGAAUUAAAGAUUAAUAACUAUGUCAAAAGUAUUGUAAAAGUCCUCAAGCCUUACUAUUUUUAUACAGCAUUCUCACAACUCAUUUCGAGACUUUGUCAUCCAUCCUAUAAUGUCUACAUCGUACUCAAAAUGAUAAUAACGAAAUUAAUUGAGGAAUAUCCACUAGAAUCAAUGUGGUUCAUUAUGCCAAAUGCCAGUAGCAAGUCAGAUUACCGAAAAACUAGAACGACUGAAAUUUUGAAUGCAUUUAGUAAGGAACGAGUUCGAUUUGCUAACUUUAAUGGAGUUAUGGAAAAGAUUAUGUGUUUAGCACAAAGGAAACAAGUUGAUGCUGAAUUUAUGGGAUCAUUUUGUACCUCAAUUGAAAAAUUAUUUAAAAAUGUCAGAAUCUUGAUGCCUCUCCAAAAGCAUCUUCAGUGUGUCCUAUCACCAUCUGAUAACUCAUUUAUGACCAUCAAUAGUCAAGUAUUGAUCUGUAAAAUUGAUAAAAACGUGGAAAUUAUGAAAUCGCUUCAGCAGCCAAAGAAAAUCACAUUUAUUGGAAGUGACGGAAAAGAGUAUCCAAUGCUGCUUAAGUUCAAAGAUGAUUUGCGAAUUGACUUCAGAUUUAUGGAGUUCCUCAAAGUAAUCAAUGACUUUUUCAAUAAAGAUGCCGAUGCAAGUCAAAGAUGCUUGUCUGCUCGAACAUAUUCUGUUAUUCCGUGGAAUGAGGAUAUGGGUAUUAUUGAAUGGGUUCCAAAUCUCGCAACAUUCAAAGGCACCGUCAAUGAACAGUACAAAAAAUCAAAAAUCAAAGUGCCCACAAAUGCUGAAUUAAAAAAAUUGAGUGAUUCAUGGUUAAAAACCACACAAAAACACCAAUUUUUCAAUGACAUGAAGAAAAGAUUUCCACCAAUCCUUGGAAAAUGGUAUAUCGACCAUUUUUCGAAUGUCCAAAACUAUUUUAGUGCAAGAACAAAUUAUAUUCGAUCUGUUGCUGUUAUGAGCAUGGUUGGCUAUAUUAUGGGACUUGGAGAUCGACAUAUGGAGAAUAUUCUCAUUGACAUUCAUUCAGGAGAAAUUGUGCAUGUCGAUUUUGCUUGUGUCUUCAAUAAAGGAGAGUCGCUAGGAUAUCCGGAAACAGUGCCAUUCAGACUAACGCAAACAAUGAUUGAAGCAAUGGGACCUUUGGGAAUUGAAGGACCGUUUAGAAAGUGCUGUGAAGUAGCACUUCAAUUAAUGCAAAAAGAGAAAAAUACUUUAAUUUCUUAUUUACGUCCAUUCAUCUACGAUCCUAUGAUCACUAAAAAGUCUAGUGCAGACCACCGUGAGACAAUUGAUUCAGCAGCAAUGAUUAAUCUUGAGAAUGUGGAUAAAAAGCUCAAAGGAGUCGUGAAGAAAUAUAAAGGAUCAUCUGGAAUAGCUCUAUCGAGUGAAGGACAAGUAAAGUUUAUUAUUGAGGAAGCAACAUCAGACGAGAAUCUCGCAAUCAUGUGGUUCCAUUGGAAUCCAUACAUUUGA